CGCCCCCAAGAGUCCCGCCCUUUUGCCUCCGCCCUCGGAGCCCCGACCCCGGAGCCGGCCGGUGAGCUUUGCGCCUGGCCCGGUCUCACCCUGCGCAUGUGCUCGGCGUCCUGGGCUGCUGCGGAGGCGGAGGUUUACAGAGGUGGCAGCCCUCAUGGCAGGUCCCCUGUGGCGGGCCACAGCCUUUGUGCAGAGACACAGGACGGCCCUGUUGGUGGGUUCCUGUGCAGGCCUGUUUGGGGCUCAGAUCUCGUACCACCUCUUCCCGGAUCCUGUGGUCCCGUGGCUGUACCAGUACUGGCCUCAGGGCCAGCCAGCCUCCCUGUCCCCAGAGCUGCAGAGCCUGUUCGAGGAGGUGCAGCAAGAUAUCGGGGUCCCCUCGGGCCACCGCUUCAAGGCCUUCACCACCUUCACCUUCCAGCCUGUGAGCGCCGGCUUCCCGAGACUCCCUGCCGGGGCCGUGGUGGGCAUCCCCGCCAGCUUCCUGGGUGACCCAGUGACCAACACUGACCGGCCCGUGGUCGUCCACGGGCAGCGAGUGGACUGGCAGAGCCCAGUGGGUGCCCGGCUGAGAGAUGCCCUGACUCUGUCCCACGACGCCCAGAAGUUCGCCUUGGCCAGGGAGGUGGUGCACCUGGAGAGCGGGGCGGCCGCCCUGCAGGCCCUGCCAGCCCCUGCCUGCCUGGUGGGCACCUGGGCUCUGGGCGUGGGAGCCAAGCACGCCCUGGGGCUCUACGGAGGCCCCAUGAACUUGCGAGCCGCCUUCAACUUGGUGGCGGCAGUGGCGGGCUUUGUGGCCUAUGCCUUGUCCACGGACUCUCUCACUCACUCCCUGGAAGCCUGGCUGGACCGCCGCACGGCCUCGCUGUCCGCAGCCUAUGCCCGGGGCGGGGUGGAGUUCUACGAGAAGGUUCUGUCGGGCAACCUGGCCCUGCGCGGCCUCCUGGGCCGGCCCGGAGAGAAGCUGUACAUGCCCAGCGGGAACGUGGUUCCCAGACACUGGUUCCGCAUCAAGCACCUGCCCUACACGGCCCGCCGGGACUCGGUGCUGCAGGUGUGGAGGGCGGCGCUCAGCCCCCGCAGCCCCUGAGGGCCUCAUGGCAGGGGCGGUUCCAGCUGGAGCAGGUGGUCACAAAGCACCGAGCUGAUCUCCCUGUGUUGUGCCGCUGCUUCCUGCUAGCUGUUUUACAUUUGGUAGUGUAUGUAUGUCCAUGCCACUCUCUCACUUCGUCCCAGCUUACCCUUCCCCCUCGCCGUGUCCUCAAGUCCAUUCUCUAUGUCUGCGUAUUUCUUUUUUUUUUUUCAGUACGCGGGCCUCUCACUGUUGUGGCCUCUCCCGUUGCGGAGCACAGGCUCCGGAUGCGCAGGCCCAGCGGCCAUGGCUCACGGGCUCAGCCGCUCCGCGGCAUGUGGGAUCUUCCCGGACCGGGGCACGACCCCGUGUCCCCUGCAUUGGCAGGCGGACUCUCAACCACUGUGCCACCAGGGAAGCCCUAUGUCUGCGUCUUUAUUCCUGUCCUGCUCCUAGGUUCAUAUCCUUUUUUUUUUUUUAGAUUCCAUAUAUAUGUGUUAGCAUACCGUAUUUGUUUUUCUCUUUCUGACUUACUUCACUCUGUAUGGCAGACUCUAGGUCCAUCCACCUCACUACAAAAUGACUCAAUUUCGUUUCUUUUUAUGGCUGACUGAUUGUAUAUAUGUGCCACGUCUUUAUCCAUUCCUCUGUCGAUGGACACUUAACGUUGCUUCCAUGUCCGGGCUAUUGUAAAUAGAGUAGCAAUGAACAUUGUGGUACAUGACUCUUUUUGAAUUAUGGUUUUCUCAGGAUAUAUGCCCAGUAGUGGGAUUGCUGGGUCUUAUGGUAGCUUUUUUUUUUAGUUUUUUUAAGGAACCUCCAUACUGUUCUCCAUAAUGGCAUUCCCACCAACAGGGCAAGAGGGUUCCCUUUUCUCCACACCCUCUCCAGCAUUUAUUGUUUGUAGAUUUUUUGAUGAUGGCCAUUCUGACUGCAGACCCCACUUUUGAUCCUUGGGCAGGAGACCCCAGCAGGAAAGGUGAGGAGGGUUGUGAUGAGCAAGCCAGGCUCACUUGGUCAUUUAUGUGUUCUUUUUUUUUUUAAUAUUUAUUUAUUUAUUUGGUUGUACCGGGUCUAGUUGUGGCAGGUGGGCUCCUUAGUUGCAGCACGUGGGCUCCUUAGUUGUGGCACACGAACUCUUAGUUGCAGUGUGCAUGUGGGAUCUAGUUUCCUGACCAGGGAUCAAACCCGGGCCCCCUGCAUUGGGAACACGGAGCCCCAUCCACUGUGCCACCAGGGAAGUCCCUCAUGUGUGCUUUUUUUAAAAUUUAUUUUAUUGAAGUAUAGUUCAUUUACAAUGUUGUGUUUAUUUUUGCUGUACAGCAAAGUGACUCAGUUAUACAUAUAUACACUCUUUUUUUAUAUUCUUUUCCAUGAUGGUUUAUCACAGGAUAUUGAAUAUAGUUCCCUGUGCUCUACAGUAGGGCCUUGUUGUUUAUCCGUCCUAUAUGUUUAAUAGUUUACAUCUGCGAAUCCCCAACUCCCAGUCCUUCCCUCCCCCAGCCCCUUCCCCUUGGCAACCACAAGUCUGUUUUCUAUGUCUGUGUGUAUAUUUCUGUUUUGUAAAUAAGUUCACUUGUAUCAUUUUUUUAGACUCCACAUAUAAGUGAUAUCAUAUGGUAUUUGUUUUUCUCUGUCUGACUUACUUCACUUAGUAUGAUAUUCUCUAGGUCCAUCCAUGUUGCUGCAAAUGGCAUUAUUUCAUUCUUUUUUAUGGCUGAGUAGUAUUCUAUUGUAUAUAUGGACCACAUCUUCUUUAGCCAUUCAUCUGUCAAUGGACAUGUAGGUUUCUUCCAUGUCUUGGUUAUUGUGGAUAGUGCUGCUGUGAAUAUUGGGGUGCAUGUAAUCUUUUCAAAUCAGAGUUUUCUCAGGGUAUAUGCCCAGGAGUGGGAUUGCUGGAUCAUAUGGCAACUCUUAGUUUUUUGAGGAGCCUCCAUACUGUUCUCCACAGUGGCUACACCAAUUUACAUUCCCACCAGUAGUGCAGGAGGGUUCCCUUUUCUCCACACUCUCUCCAGCGUUUGUUAUCUGUAGACUUUUUAAUGAUGGCCAUUCUGACCAGCAUGAGGUGAUACCUCGUUGUAGUUUUGAUUUGCAUUUCUCUAAUAACGAACAACGUUGGGCAUCUUUUCAAGCCAUUCAUGUAUUCUUUUUGUUGGUGGUUAUGUUUUCCCUGGAAGAGUUGAAUAAUUCAGGCCUGGUGCCAGUGUAACUCGGGACAAAGGGAUUAAGCCACACCCAGGAAGGGCACAAAGCCAGCCCAGGAGGCCCACUCAGAGGCCGGGCGGUCCCUGCAUAAGACUGUGGAUGGAGAGAGCAGGCAGGGGUGGCCUGAUUCCUGCUGGGUCCUUGACCGUGAUCUGGGCUCAGCACUCUGGCCCCAUUCUGGGUGAGCCUUGGGGUCCCCGCCCUGGGCCCCGGCAGACGGGUUUCUGAGGGCAGAGCAUCCGCUCUCCCAGGGCCUGCUCUCAGUAACGCAGGAGCCGGGAGGAGGCCGGCGUUCCUGCUACUCCGUCCAGGUGGGAGGGUAAGGGGCCCCGGCGUGGGUGGGGCGGGGAGGCAACCCCCUGAGACGGCCCCUUAGUUGGCUCCGUCUACCCCAAGUCACCAACUUUGUCUCCACUCAGGGGCUGUUCCCAGACCUCACACGCUUCCCGUGGCCCAGCCCCAAACCUGGGCUAGCCGCGAGCCCCGACUCCCGGGCAUCCGCGCAGCCCCGCAUCCCGCGCAGCCCUGCCAUCUGGCUCAGGCCGGUCCACUCCCAGGCAGAGCUCUCCCGCCGCAGCCCUGGCAGGCAACUGUUGCUGAGAACCUGCUCUGGGCUGGACCUCCCCCCACCCACCCCUCCAUCCCACCUCGUGUCUAAACCAGGGCCCGGCCUCGUGAUGUCCCUGCCCAGCGGCUCCCGGCUCCAUCCCUGCCCUCCCCAAGCGGUUCCUCAUGUGGGCUUCCUGGCCAUUCUCCCCACCUCCCCCAGCUCUUAGAAGCUCAGGUCUGACUGGGUUCUCUCCUGCUUAAAACCCUUUGCAGGCAUCCCUUUGUUUUCGGCCAAAGCCGAGCCUCCAAGCCUGGGCCGCUCUGUGGAAUCCGGCCCUACAAGCAUGUGGGUUCCUCGACUGCCCUCCCCUCCCCACAUGGGCCUCCGUCUGGGGCCCUCUCUGCUGGCCUGCCCUGUCCUGGAAUUUUCGGUGCUCCCUCUGCAGGAACCCUCAGGGACCGAGCCCACCGCGCCCUGCACCUCUUCGUAGCCUCUGCUGCGAACGGUAAUUAAGUAAGGGAGCGCGGCUUAGCAUCUCCUCUGCUGAAAUGUACUGUCUGCAAGAGCAGCGUAUUGUGUGUCCCGUUGACAGCUCUGGACUGAAGCUCUCCACGUUUUUGAAUAAAUGAAUAAGGCUCUUAAGCUCCGACACACAUGGGCCUGGCACCUUAGGGUCUCUGAGCAAGUACAGUACGGCUGGCUGGAUGCCCCGGGCAAGGCCAUUACGAAUCCUGUGACCCUGUCCUAGUUUCCCAACUUGGGAUGCUUUCCAAGGGCACGGCCUGGCCCCGCUCUUCCAUGGUUGCUGACUUCAUUGGGGAAACCAGGACACUUGUGGUUCCCUUUCUUUCCUAUAGAGCACAGAUCAGUUCUCAGAGCACCAGGGACCCCAAGAGGCUUUAGGGGAGGCUGACCCCCCGAAAUUCUGUGGUAUUUUGUGCCCCUACAGGCGGUUCAGGGUCGAUCCCAGAAAGGCUUUGAAGCUGGGCCAGGUGGCAGGAGUUUACCCUGUAAAUGCUGCCCUGCACGUUUCCUUCUCAGAUGCCUGCUGCAGACCUUAGUCGUCAGGCUCUGCAUGGGACCCCAGAGAACGCUGUUCUAGUGUGUUAUGCCCCCCACACACAUUCAUGGUUCUCGGAGCUACAUCAGCACGCAGGUACUCCCCCCUUCCCCCGACACGGUCAGAAUGCGGGGAACGGAGUCCCAGGGUCCCGGUGCCGGCACUGGCCCUGACCCUAGCAGGCUCCACUGCCUCUGUCCCCACCAGCCACUGUCCACGAUACAGGGCCGCGUGCAGCACGCCUGGAGCUGGGCGCAUGCAUGUGGGCUCCUGGUCUCCACGUGUACACGUGUCAGAGGCUAGGUCCCAGAUGGGUGCGUGGUCCCCACCCCAUGAGACCUCCUGCCUGUUGCACCCCCGGAGUCAUGUUUAUGGGGCCUUUAUUGGGCACCAGACACUGUGCUGGGUUCUUAGAGGUAUUUUCUUAAAUUUACGCCCAAAUUGGAACAUGUAGUUGGUAACAUCCUUUUGAUUUUGCAGACAAGCACAUAGCACAGAAAGGUGAAGAAAUUUUCCCCAAAUCUCAAAGCUUUGUAAGUGGCAGAACCAGGAUUUGAAGCUGGCAGUCUGGCCCCAGAUCCCGUUCUCACAGCCCUGGACUUACACUGUCCUGUUGAUCCUGAGGGCUCCAUGGUGCAGACUUGUCCUGUGGCCUCUCUAGCCUUUCUCCCCAUGCCACUGAGAGGUGACUUUGCAGCCUCCCCUCUUUUAUCAGGAAAAAAUGGUCCCGAGCCGAGCCUUCUGGAACUUCCAGGGGAGACCCUUCUGCUAGCUGAAGAGGGGCCGCCCAGUCCAUCAUGCCUAGGGCUGCGGUGGGGAUGGGCAGAGGGGAGGGCUGUUACAGACCCUUAGGAGGCCUCAGCUGAGGAACAGGGGUGCUUAGGAGGUGGAGAACACGGGGGGGCGCAGCCGGGGCGGGCUCAAGUCCUGGUCCUGCCGCUUUCGCGGAGUGACCCCAAGCAAGGGACUUCACACCUCUGGUCCUGAGUUUCCUGUCUGUACAAUGCGGACAUUAAUGUGUAUCGUGCAGCAUUCUUCUGACAAGGAAAGUAAAAUAAAACUUGCAAAAUGUGAAUCCCAGACAGGGUUUACAGUAAGCUUUAAAAGAAGAUUGGUUCCUAAAUGUUAGUGCUUUUAAGCGGUCCAGGUAGCAGGGUGUUCAGGUCUUGCAGUUAUGCCCAAAUACCAGCAGUUUCUUGUGGCUGGAACCUUCCCAGGGAGCCCUCACCACCUCAUACAGGGCUCCACUUCAAGCUCUCAGAGCCGCGGUGGGGGCAGGUCCCCACCUUGCCCUCAGCUGACGCCUUUUGGGAAAUUACUCAGCAGCAGCUGAGAGCAAAGGACCCAGGGGGCCCUGGGGAGACAGCAAACGGGAGAAAAGGGCAUUAAAAUAGGAGAUGGUGGGCUUUCCUGGUGGCGCAGUGGUUGAGAAUCUGCCUGCUAAUGCAAGGGGACACGGGUUCGAGCCCUGGUCUGGGAGGAUCCCACAUGCCGCGGAGCAACUAGGCCUGUGAGCCACAACUACUGAGCCUGCGCGUCUGGAGCCUGUGCUCCACAACAAGAGAGGCCGCAAUAGUGAGAGGCCCGUGCACCGCGAUGAUGAGUGGCCCCUGCUUGCCACAACUAGAGGAAGCCCUCGCACAGAAACUAAGACCCAACACAGCAAAAAUAAAUUAAUUAAUAAAGUCCUACCCCCAACAUCUUCUUUAAAAAAAAGUAGGAGAUAGUGGGGUUUCUUUAAUUGAAGUCUAGUUCAUUUACAAUGUUGUCUUAAUUUGCACUGUACAGCAAAGUGAUUCACUUUUAUAUAUAUACACAUUCCUUUUCAUGUUCUUUUCCACUAUGGUUUAUCACAGGAUAUUGAGUAUAGUUCCCUGUGCUCUGCAGUAGGACCUUGUUGUUAUCCAUUCUCUGUGUAAUAGUUUGCAUCUGCUCAUCCCAAACCCCCAGUCCAUCCCUCCCCCAGCCCCCUCCCCCUUGGCAAACACAAGUCUGUUCUCUAUGUCUGUGGGUCUGUUUCGUAGAUAAGUUCAUUUGCGUUAUAUUUUAGAUUCCACAUAUAAGUGAUUUCGUAUUUGUCUUUGUCUGACUUCACUUAGUAUGAGAAUCUCUGGGUCCAUCCAUAUUGCUGCAGAUGGCAUUGUUUCAUUCUUUUUUAUGGCUGAGUGGUAUUCCAUUGUAUGUGCACCACAUUUUUAUAAAAUGGGAGAUGGUCUUUUACACCUACUACACAGGUAAUGUUUAAAUCCUAGAACCUCUGGAUGAGUGAGGGUGUGGUAAAGUCGGUACAGCGUGUGCCCUUGGUGACACUGUAGGAAGCAGCCUCCAGGGUGGCCCCCAGUGGUCUCUGCUCCUGCUGUUCUCAGCCUGUGUCAUCCUUUCCUCUUGCUCUUGGUUUAAAACAACAGAAUAAGGCAAGUGUGAUUAUGUUACAAAGACUGGCUUCCGUCUUACUAGCAGACUGUUAAUCUUCUCAGACACGUGCUUUGAUGAAGCGUCUUGCUGCGCUGGACAGGCCCACGUGGCUCGGAAGUAAGGGCGGCCUCUGAGCCACAGCUGGCGGAGCGGUGAGGCCCUCAGUCCAGCAGCCCACAGGGAGCUGAAUCCUGACAACAGCCGUGUGAGCUUGGAAGAAAAUCCCUCCCCAGUCAGGUCUCAGAUGAGACCCCAGCCUUGGCCGGUGCCUUCACUGCAGCCUGUGACACCCCGAAGCAGAGGACACAGCUAAGCUAUGCCUGGAUCCUCAACCCACAGAAAUGCUGAGAUGGUCGUCGUGGGUUAUGUUAAGCCUUCGUUUUAUGGUAAUGUUUCAUGCACAGUAGGUAACUGACCCACAUGGUUAAUUGACAUACUAUGUUUAGGAAGCAAUUUAGCAAAAGUCGACACGCCACAUGGGUAACUUCAAACCUAGAAACUCAUUCUAGAGCCAUCAUCCAGCAGAGACUAAAUCAGAUAUGCCCAAAGAUGUGCAUAAGAGCACUACCUAUAAUAUAAAAAAAAUAGGGAUAAUGGAAAUACUGAAAAAUAGCGACUUAGGAAACUUUGGUAUAUUCAUUUGUUGAAUAUUGGUCAGUCACUAAAAAGCAUAAGUAUGAAGACUAUGGUAGAAACAUGUAGAAAUAGUCUAAAUAUCAAAUGUUCUUAAAAAUAUGAAGUACAACAUGCAAGAGGAUUGCAAUAAUGUAAAUAUGGUAAAAGACCUGUAAGGAAAUUUGCAAAAUUUCUGAAAUUCAAAAUUUCAUAAGAGAAAGUAAUUCUGUAAUGGUGGAAUUUUGAAUGGCUUUAUUCAUCAGUAUAUAUAUAAGGACUUACCUCUAUAGCUGUAUUAAUAUAGAUGUGUAUGAAGGCUCCCUCAGAGGGGUCCAAGGACCCACCCCCUCUCCCUGCAUCAAGGUGACAGAUCCUGGCAUCCCUGCUUUUGGCCUAUAUCCUUGGGGUGUGGCCAAGCUUCUGCCUGUCAAUUACCACAGCAAUCAGGAAAUGUGCUGCUCAGAUCUGCUGUGGGAGCAGAAUUGACUGACAGUCCCAGCUGCUGUUUCUCUAGAUCCACCACCAUGCUUUCACUGAGGCCGUGCCUCUCGCGUGCUGCUUUCAGGCAGGGGUUGAUCCUGGUGCAGUACUCACGCAAGCCUAUUCUGGUGAACUGUGGGACUCCUCCAGUGGUGGACUGUGGCUCAAGGACACCCUAGUGGCCUGGGCAGAUCUUUCUUAGAACUGCUCUGAGGUCUGAGACCCUUCUACCCAGGCCUCCUUCCUUCCCCCCCUCCUUCACAGAUGUCAGCCCUGCUUUGCAUGUCCCCCAGCACACCUCUUACUCAGGUAAUCCCGUCUCGGUGUCUCUUUCUCAGAGGAUCUGAACUAACAGUUACCCCUCCCUCAGUUGGGUGCUCUGUGAGGCCCGGGGGGCGCACCCUGCCCUGUCUGCCUCUGGGGUUCGCAGACCUGCAGAAGUAAACCUGCAGUGACAACACGGUGCAGUGAAGGUUAGUGUGGAAGCACAAGGGAGGGUGUCUAACUCAGCCUGGGCUGGAAGUGGCCAGAAAGGACUCCCCAGAGGAGGGGCCCCUGUUGCUGAAACCCUCAGUGUGAGUUGAAAGAACCCAGUGCUGAUAGUUAAUAUUAAAUAUGUAUAUAACACAGAUGUGCCAAACCCUUUACAUGUGUUAAUUCACGUUAUGCCUGCAACAGUCCUCUUAUCCCCAUUUUACAGAUGGGAAGAUCCAGGCAUAGACAGAUGAAGUGGUUUUCCUCCAGCCAGUGCUAGACUUGGGGUCUGAACCCAGGUGGUCUGGCCCUAGAGGUUGUGUUCUUAGCCACUGGACCAUGUUAGCCAGAGACAGGCUAUGGGAAUAGCUUGUACAAAAGCUAGAAACAAGACAGUUUGUGUGGUUUUUGUGUCAGCCAGAGCCCAACUGGGAGACUGAAAGCCCACAGUAAUUUGAACAAGGAAAGCUUAACAUGAAGAAUUAUUAUUGUUGACAGUGGGUUGAGAGGCCCAGGCAGGAGCAGAGAGACCAGUUUGCGGGGCAGGGGGCGGGGGGGGGCACUGCGAUACCAGAGGAGACAUGAGGCUGGCUUGAACUUGGCAGUGGAGGUGGAAAGAGGCAAGACUCAGACUACAUUUAGGAGGCAGUAUGGGUGAAAUUCGGUGAUAGACUGGGUCUGGGGGGUGUGGCAGAGGAAGGUCAGAGGUCAAGGGUCAGGAAUGUCUCCUGGGUUCCGGGUUGAUAGAUGGGUGACUGAGGUCUGCCCUUCUCUCUGCUGCAGAGCUCACAGACACUGGAUCCCAUUCUCCUCCUGUCUCCUGGACAUCCCUCCUUCCUUAUUGAUUAUGCCUCCUUGGAAACGCAGUUUUGUUGUUAAUGAUGAUGAUGGUGGUGAUGAUGGAGAUGAUGAUGAUGGAGAUGAUGGUGGUGAUGAUGAUGGUGGUGAUGAUGAUGAUGAUGGUGGUGAUGGUGGUGAUGAUGGUGAUGGUGAUGAUGAUGGAGAUGGUGGUGAUGAUGGUGGUGAUGAUGGCGGUGAUGAUGGCGAUGAUGGUGAUGAUGGUGGUGAUGAUGAUGGUGAUGGUGAUGAUGGAGAUGAUGGUGGUGAUGAUGAUGGUGGUGAUGAUGGUGAUGAUGAUGGAGAUGAUGAUGGUGGUGGUGAUGAUGAUGCUGGUGAUUGAAGCCUUUCAAUGCACUGGGAGCUUGAGAGUUCCCAGAUUGAGGCAGCACCCACAGAUUGUUCAGAGCAAAGGCCAAUGGGGAUGAGUAGCUGUGCCCAUAGGCUUGAUCCUGCUGAUCCAGCAGGCCUGGGGGACACAAGCUUAUCUUUUGCAGUUCCUGGGGCCACCUGGACUCAAAACCAUCCUGACUCUGGACUUCUUCCAAUCCCACCCCCGUACAGCCUUUGUUCCCCAGAGGGCCCUCUACAAGUCAGAGCAGCACACAAAGCAGAAAUUCUGGACUCCUCAGAGGUUACAUGCCGGCCCACGUCACACCCGCCGCGGAGCCACGGCUCAUGGGGCAACGUCAGCUGCAAAGACCAGAAUUUCUUCUGGCUCCCCUCCCGGACUCAGUGUGUUCUUGGUUGGCCUCAGCCUGCAGCGGCUUGAAGCAGGGUUUCGGUUCCCGGCCAGAGAUUGAGGUCGGGUCGUGGAGCCACUGUGCCCCGGCCCUCUGGAAAGACAGGCAGAUAUACAGAGCAGAAAGCAGAAUAAAAGCAGUCGCUUCCUCCCAGACCAUUAGGGGAAGAGAGUCACUGGGAGCAGACAAAAGAUCUGGGAGGAAACCACCAGGGAGUGGGAGCUGAUUCCCUGCGGAGGAACUGGAGCGGAGAAAACCAGGUGCCCCUGUGAAGUGAUGGAGCCGCAGGCAGAUUCCCGGGAAUCCAGAGGUAACCAGCGAAGGAGUCCGCUAGCGGGAACGUGGGCCCUCUCGGUGGGGACUCCCUGGGUGCUGCCUGCAAGGACAGAUGACAGGAGGCGGCCCGGUGGCUGCACACCGUCUGUCUUGGCUUCAUGAGCAUUCCCUCUUCCCUCUACCUGCCUCGAGGACAUAAUCCCAAGGAGAGGGCAGAGAGAAACCCUGAAAUGAUGGAAAUCAGGUUGCUACAAAUACUUGGUGAAAUUGGAGUUCAAAAACAGAGCAAAAUAAAUUUACUCUUCUUGACCUGGGUCAGAGACAAGCAAAAACGCUGCAGGGAAAAGGGGCAUAGAUUACACGGGGGUGUUGGGGGUAUGUGGACAUGGAAGGCUUCCUGCAGGAGGUGAGGCUGGAUCAAAAAUUGAAGGUUCUUGGGACUUGAAGAACCUGGUAGCGCAGUGGUUAAGACUCGCGAUCCCAGUGCAGGGGGCCAGGGUUCGAUCCCUGCUCAGGGAACUAGAUCCCACAUGCAUGCCACAGCUAAGAGUUCGUAUGCCACAACUAAGGAGCCAGUGAGCCACAACUAAGACCCGGUACAACCAAGUUAAUUAAUUAAUUAGUAUUGAAAACAUUUUGAAGGUUCUUGAUAUGUAUGCACGUUUACAUUUCCACCAGUGUCCGAGAGAUCCUGCUCUAACCAAGACAGUUCUCGUCCCCAGGGAUGUGAAUCCAAGCAUCCCUCAGGUGCUCAGAGCCCUGUGGGAGCUCUUCAGGGGACUAGUUCCAGAGCCCGCGCUCAUGCCAGGGACUGUGCUCAAGGUGGCUGGUGCUUGGCGCCUGCAGGACCAGCGCUGGCAACGUUUCUCGCAGAUGCCUGGCUGGCCGGCAGGGGGCGCAAGCUCGCCACAGCCCGGGGCCCAGGAGCCCCCGGGAGCAGCCGGGUGGGUGGAAGCCAGGAUGCUGAGUCUCCUGGCAUUUAAUAGUCUUCGAGGGCCCACCCCAAGGCAUCGCCCCCGCCCUCCCCCAGCGCUGAAUCCAGCCCUGCGUUUUCUGAAGAACAGUUCCUUCAGGGGCCGCCCAAGCCGCCUCCUGACUCGUAAUUCGAAAGGUAAGAGGUGAUGACCCAGAGUGGUUUCCAGGGAUCCCGGGAUGGCUGGGGAGUGUUCUCACCUGGGCUCUCCAAGCCUGCAGACUGUGGAGAGACCUCCAUGGACUGAGUUACUUAACAUGGCAGUUGUAGAAAAAUAAUUCCGGGCAAAGAUGCUGGUUGUAGUAAUUGAGCAGAGACCAAUCUAAAUAUCUUCUAAUACUACUGCUGCUGCUACUACUAAUAAUAAGUCAUAGACCGACCAAAUGAUGAAAUAAUUCUUAGCCAUUGAGAACCCUGUCUUCCAUGGAAGCAACCUAAGUGUCCAUCGACAGAUGAAUGGAUAAAGAUGUUGUUCAUAUGUACAAUGGAAUAUUAGCCAUAAAAAGGAAUGAAAUAAUGCCAUUUGCAGCAACAUGGAUGGACCUAGAGAUUAUUAUACUAAGUGAAGUAAGUCAGAGAAAGACAAAUAUCAAAUGAUAUCACUUAUAUGUGGAAUCUAAACUAUGACACAAAUGAACUUAUUUAAGAAACAGAGGGCUUCCCUGGUUGUGCAGCGGUUAAGAAUCUGCCUGCCAAUGCAGGGGACAUGGGUUCAAUCCCCGGUCCGGGAAGAUCCCACAUGCCACGGAGCAACUAAGCCCGCAAGCCACAACUACUGAGCCUGUGCUCUAGAACCCAUGCUCCACAACAAGAGAAGCCACUGCAGUGAGAAGCCCGCUCGCCGCAACUAGAGAAAGCCCGCGCGCAGCAACGAAGACCCAAUGCAGCCAAAAUAAAUAAAUUAAAUAAAUAAAUUUAUUUAAAAAAUAAACAGAAACAGACUCAGAGACAUAGAAAACAAACUUAUGGUUACCAAAGGGGAAAGGGGGUGGAGGAGGGAUAAAUUAGUAGUUCGAGAUUAGCUGAUGCAAACUACUAUAUAUAAAAUAGAUAAACAACAAGGACCUACUGUGUAGCACAGGGAACUAUAUAAAAUAUCCUGUAAUAAACCAUAAUGGAAAAGAAUAUGAAAAAGAAUAUAUAUAUAUAUCUGAAUCACUUUGCUGCAGUCCUGAAACUAACACAACAUUGUAAAUCAACUCUAAGAGCACUGUCUUCAAGAAAUCUCUAAUGACAUAGGAUAAGGCUCAUAAUAUCAUAUGCUAAUUCUCCAUGUGUCUUUCCAGAAUCCGUUUCUGCUCUGCCCUGCACCCCAGUGCACUGCUUCAUCCCAGUUCCCUUUGCUUCUGGCUGCAAGUCAGACACACCAGAGGGAGGCGUGGGAGGAGAGAGGCUGGGCAGGGUCUUCUCCACUCUCUCCUUGCCUCAGAUGCCUCCAGGACUACAGCUCCCUCUGGGCAGCCCGUCUAAGUCUGCACCCUCUCUGGACUCUGAUACCUCCAUUUUCUUCUCUUGCCCUUUUGGCCCUGAGGGUGGUAAGAGCUCUCUGCUCUGGACAGCUCCUGGGUGCCUCAACAUCCUCCGUUUGUUCCCUUAAAACGGAGGAGGUAAACUUGUCCAUGUCUCUGCAAGUCGUCCUUCACUAAGCGGCUCUCCGUUUGAACCAUCAGAGCAAAUGCUUUUCCUUCCAGGGCUCUGAGUGACACACAUGUUAAGUGUAGAGAGAAGAAUACAAAGCUGUGUACAGGAAAAAAAGGCCUGGUGCUUCAUCUGCAUCAUUUCACUGCACCCUCACAGCCAUGCAGCAGAAUGCAGUCAACAGGAAUGUCGACACCAGAUUCAAAUUUAGAAAGCGUUUGAAGGAACAUUCUAAUCAUGCCUUUAUGGAAGGGAAGAAGAUGCUGACAAAGGAAAAGUGAAAAAGGCACACUAGAUAUGUAUUCCGUUUUUAUUUUUUAAAGUUUAUUUAUUUAUUUAUGGCUGCGUUGGGUCUUUGUUGCUGCGCGUGGGCUUUCUCUAGUUGUGGCGAGCGGGGGCUACUCUUCAUUGCAGUGCAUGGGUUUCUCAUUGCGGUGGCUUCUCUUGUUGUGGAGCACAGGCUCCAGGCACGCAGGCUCAGUAGUUGUGGCACGUGGGCUCAGUAGUUGUGGUUCGCAGGCUCAGUAGUUGUGGCUCACGGGCUUAGUUGCUCCGUGGCAUGUGGGAUCUUCCCAGACCAGGGCUCAAACCCAUGUCCCCUGCAUUGGCAGGCGGAUUCUUAACCACUGCACCACCAGGGAAGUCCCUAUACCAUUUUUAAACUGCCAUAAGUUACUACUAGAUUGCAACUUUUAAUGCAUAAUAUUUUAACUCUUUUAAGAAUGAGCCUCUGAGAAGAGGAGGGGGCCACGUGAGCUCAGAUGACCUGAUUUUUCCCAACGCGAUAUUCUAACCCCACUUAGAAUGGGAGGGAUGACUUAACUUCUUAGAAUCCCAGCUGUACCGCUAUGUGACGUUAUGCAACUCUGUGCAGUGAUGAUAUAAACCCCUGCCUCCAGGGUCACUGUGAUGGUUGACAAGUCUGUGCUGUGAAGCGUCCGGCCCUGUGUCAGGUCACAGUGGGGACUCGGCUGCCUUGUCUGGAGUGGACUUACUGCAGCAGCUGCGUGGUGAAGAAGAGAUGGGGUGUGAGAGGCAACGCUUCGUGCCGUGACCUACGGCUGGCACAUAGCAGUGGCCCCUAAUAAGCUGUUGACAAGUCAGUGGUGAACAGAUGGAUGCUGUGCCCAGAUCUGCCCUCCCCAGGCUGGGUCCCAGCAGCACUGUGCAGCCGCCUCUGUUUCACAGGAGGGUCUUCAUUCUCUAGGCCACUGUACCAGCUUUUAUUGCUGUGUAAGGAAUUUCCUCAGGCGGUGGCCUGGGACGUCAUGGAUUUAUUAUCUCGGACUUCUGGGCACUGCCCAGCUGAGUCUGCUGCUCAGGGACUCGCAGGCUGUGAUCAAGGUGCAGGAGGGGCUGCACUCCUACCUGGACACUUGACCAGGGCUGGCCUCAGAGCCUCGGCCCGAGCUGUCCACCGGCCUCAGUGCCUUGCAGGCUCAUUCUGGUUGCUGGCAGAGCCCAUCUGCUUAGCUGCAGGACUAAGGUCCUUGUUCUCAUGCUGGCUGGCAGCGCGUGAUCCUCUCGGCUCCUGGAAGCCGCCCACACUCUCUUGCCAAGUGGCCCUCUCACCACAUGGCAGCUUCCUUCCUCAGAGUCACCACGAAGGAAUCUCUCUCUCACUCCAGCCUGCUCAGAGCUGUGACUGUGUGUGUGUGUGUGUGUGUGAGUCUGUGUGUGUCGUGUGCACACACACAUGUAUGAUCACUCUGCCGUAUGAUGUAAUUUAUCAGAGGACUGACAGCCCAUCACUUUUGCCAUAUCCUGUUGGUUAAAGGCAAGUCCCAGGUUCCACCCGCACCCAGGCUGUGAUUCACUGGGGGUCACCUUAGGGUGUGUGUGCCACACCUAUCCCCUCAGAGUUCUGUUAUCUGUUGGGUGAUGAACAAAUUUAUGUAUUUUCCUUCCACGUACACUAUUUGCAUUUUCCCCAGGAUGUUCAGGAAGUAAUUUCCUAUCUCCAGAUAACGUGAUAACAUCGGGUAUCCUGGCAAUGUUCGGACUGGUUUCCUUUGAGGCAGUAGAAGAGGUGGCCUCACUACCGGAAGCCUUCUCACUCUUCAGGUUCACUGCCCAGGUGGCCGUCCACUUGCCAUAUCAGUUCACCCAUUUACUGGUUUAUAUUUCUUGAGCAUCUGCUGUGUGCUUAGCAUCGUAUGUAGAGAUAAUGCUAGUCUCUUCCUGGGGAGCCGACUUCUUUACUUCCUUCUUUUCCUUCUGCUGAGUAAAAGCAUAUUCCUUUGCUUUCAGUCAAGAUACAUGUUCAACCACAAAUCACAGAAAGCCCAACAGUGACUUCAAUAAGUAAGGAUGGAUUUUAAUCACCUAACAAGAAGCCCAGGACCAGGCAGUCCAGGGCUGGUGCAGCUGCUCAAAGAUGUCAUCCUUGUCCCAGACUCCUUGCUCCAGCAUCUAACUUAGUCUUCAAGGUCACAAGACUGCUACCACAGCACCAGCCAUUGCAUCCAUAUUUCAAACAGGAAGAAGCAGGAAAGGCAAAGAGACUGGCCUUUUUGUCCUAGAAGGAUCACCCUUCCUCAGGACUUCCGCCUACAUCACAUAGGCCAGAACUCGGUCACAUAGACACUAGUAACUCCGAGAGAACUGGGGGAAGUGGAUUUUGUAGCUGGGCACCUCGUCAUCAGGAAAAAAAUCAAGCAGGAAGAUGGGAAAUGGAUUGGGGGUUGGUCACCUGCGGGACCACUGCGGGGCUUUGGGCCCAAUCUCACAGCCUCCCAAAGCUCAGAAAAUACAUCUACAGUUUCCUGCAGUGACAGCGGCUGAGUCUUUCUGGGUCCUCGUCGACAGGCUGUGAUGACACAGGGGUGUUCUUGCUUUAUUUGCCAGGAAGGCAUAAUCUGAGCAAAAGCAGGUGUCUUAAAAUGGAACUCAUGGUCUUGUGGCCCAGGAGCCCUGCCGUCCAGAGCUCACUAGGGCAGGAGAGGUCUUGUGCCAGCAAUGCUUAGGGGAGAGGUCUCUUUUCCUUUUCUUCUGAAAAACAUGCACAAAUGUAAGGGAAUUCUGUGCAGGCCCUGGCCCUGUCUGCCCUGAGAGCCAGCCCACUUGCUCACCCCUGCUCCGCCCUGGGUCCCGGCGGCGGUGACCCCUGCUGGCUUUGUUGUGAUUGCAGCCUGAGCCUGGCUGAGAGACCCUGGCAGCAGAGUCGGGGUUGGGAGGAAGGGAAAAGCAGGGGUUUUCCUCUCCCUUUUGACCUCGGGUCCUGUCCCCACCGCAACUGUAGCUCCACCGUGGCUCCAGUGUCCCCAGAAGGCCUGCUGAGGUUUCCACUUUGCUCAGUGGCCCCCCAACCCCUGAGCCCAGUGACACCACCUUUUUGUGUUGCUCUCUGGCCCGGGGCCGGCAGCUGCUGGCAUUGAUCUCGGUUCUCUGUUGGCUUCCUAACCCUAACCCUAACUCUCCCAUCCCCACGGUGUGACCAGUACUUCGCCUAAGUCCCGCUGCUUUAAAUAUUCAAGUGGGUUUUGCCCACUGGCUAGAUCCCAACUCAGAGAAACAGUACAAUAAACACCCAUCACUUUGGUUUGACAAUGAUUGCCACUCCAUGAUACUUGUUUCAUCUUUUUUUGUUUCUGUGGGAAAAAAAUCCCAGCCCUCCUGGUGUUGCUUAAAUGAGUUCAGUAUGUAUCUCUCAAGAAUAAGGACAUUUUCUUACAUAACAAGUAUAUUCAAACUGCUCCCCCCUGUGUUCACACAUUAACACACCUAACAAAAGGAGCAAACGUUCCCUGUGCUCGCGCACUACCCAAUACACAGUCAAAUUCUCCCAGCUGCUCUGAAGGUGACUAUUUUACAGUUGGUUUGUUUGAACUAGGGUUUAAGCAAGACCCACACAUUGCAUUUGGUAGAUGUGUUUCCCAGGUGUCUUUUAAUCUGAAAUGUCACACACGCUCACAGUAGGGGGCACAGCCAUACUGAGCCCCCGACUCAACCUGUGUGUGCCCCCACCCCCCGCAGAGCCCCUUACACAAACUGCUUCCUCUCCCGGGACAUCUCUGGAUGCCACAGCUGCGUACUGAACUCUGCUCCCUGCUGCAGGCAGUAAGGGGUACGUUGUCUGUAAAGAACUUAAAAACAAAUAAUAAAACCAUUUGCUAUGGGCUGAAAUGUGUCCCUCCCCCAAGAUUCAUAAGUUGAAGCCUUAAUCUCCAGUAUGAUGGUGUUUGGAAGUGGAGCCUUUGGGUAACGAGGUCACGAGGAUGGGGUCCGCAUGAUGGGAUUAGUGCCCUUAUAAGAAGAGAGGACAGAGAGCUUGUUUCCCUCUUUCUGUCUCUGUCUCUGUCUCUCCCUUCCCCCUGCCAUGUGAGGACACAGUGAAAAGGCCAGAAGAAGGAACUGAAUAUGCUGGCACCCUGACCUUGGACUUCCAGCUUCCAGGACUGUGAGAAGUAAAUGUCUGUUGCUUAAGCCCCCCAGUCUGUGGUAUUUUGUUACAGCAGCCUGAGCUAAGACACCACUAAAAGUCAGUCAGCUUUUUGUUACCAGCAUGUACCAGCAGUUCUAAAGAACGUCAGUGAUAAAAUACUCCUUCCUGCAGCCUACAGGGCUCCCAUCACCCCCUCUUGUUAUGUCAUUGGUCAAUGUGACUCUUGUUAAGACUAUGCCAGGGGCUUCCCUGGUGGCGCAGUGGUUAAGAAUCCGCCUGCCAGCGCAGAGGACAUGGGUUCAAGCCCUGGUCCGGGAAGAUCCCACAUGCCACGGAGCAACUAAGCCCAUGCGCUACAGCUACUCAGCCUGCUCUCUAGAGCCCACAAGCCACAACUACUGAUCCCAUGUGCCACAACUACUGAGCCCAUAUGCCACAAGUACUGAAGCCUGCGUGCCCAGAGCCCAUGCUCUGCAGCAAGAGAAGCUACCGCAAUGAGAAGCCCACAUACCGCUAUAAAGACCCAAUGCAGCCUAAAAUAAAUAAAUUGAAUUUUUAAAAAAGGACUAUGACAAAAAGAUAUUACUGAAUCAUCAAGAAGCAAAGUUAGUGUGUUGAAUAUGUGACUAAAAUGUCAGUAGGUAAAUCUGAUAAGGAUACGUACCGUAAAUUAACAUUUAUCUAAAGUCUAAAAGCACACAAAAUAAUACUAUUAUUAUUAAGAUAUAUAUACAUAUAUAACCAAAGUGUAAGGACUUUCCUAGAAAUACCAGACACCAAAUUUAAGAUAGUGGUUUUCUCUGGGAGAGAUAGUAAAUAGGAGAGAGAAAUAAAAGAGGUCCAUAGACAUAAAGGUAGCUUUUCCUGUCAUAAGCUAGGUGGUUUGUUAAGUUAUUCCCCAUACAUUUUUUUCUAAGGUAUAGUUGAUUUACAAUAUUGUGUUAGUUUCAGGUGUACAGCAUGGCAAUUCAGUUUUAUAUAUAUAUAUAUAUAUAUAUACACACACACACACACACAUCUAUUCUUUUUCAGAUUCUUUACCCUUAAAGAAGGGUAAACUCUACCCAUAAUAUUGAGUAGCGUUCCCUGUGCUGUACAGUAGGUCCUUGUUGUUUAUCUAUUUUAUAUACAGUAGUGUGUGUAGGUUAAUCCCAAACUCCUCAUUUAUCCCUCCCCCCUUUCCCUUUUGGUAACCGUAAGUUUGUUUUCUAUGUGUAUCUCUGUUUCGGAAAUAAGUUCAUUUGUAUCUUUUUUUUUUUUUUAGAUUCCACAUAUAAGCGAUAUCAUAUGCUAUUUGUCUCCCCCUACGCUUUUGCAUGAUCUAAAUAUCCUAUUCAAAGAAUGCCCGUUGAUCAGCCGUGUGCUGGUCAGGCCUACCACCAGGCUCAGUUUCCAGUUUCUAUGCCGUGGCUUCUCUCCUGGCCUGGGGGCAUGACUGAGCCUGGUGCUUCUGAGCCCAGGGCUGGAAACAAGGCAGGUAUGUGGCUGAGCAGGUGGGCAGUGGCCAGAGCUGGAGGGUGGUGGUCACCAUAUUGGGACCCUGGGAGUCAUUGGGGUAGAUCAGUGGCUGGGCACCAGGGAGGUGGGUGACCUUGAGAGCACACAAGGGACAGUGAGGGUGGGGUCUGCAGGAGUGGAAGGGUGUGGAGAGAAGGGGGAUGGGGCAUAUCCAGCCCCGUGGCUGGUCUGCUGUAGGAGGGCAGCCGUGGUAAAAAUGGAAGCAGCCAGAGAUUGCUAUUUAUAAGAAUAACUACAAAGGCUUGACAACCCAGAGAGAGCGCUGAAGAAGUAAAUUGAGGGCUGCUGGGGAAACGCUCAGGGCUUCUCAUCUUCAAAGCAUUUCUGAGACACGAGCUCAUGAAUCCUCCGCCCAGGGCUCUGAGCGAGACACGGGGAAGAAGGGAGGUGGGGACAACGCGUGGGUGACCUCCCCAAAGCAGCGGGAGCUGGCGGGUGGCUCACGGAAUGCGCGCUCAUCCCCUCCGGCCGGCUCCGCGCCCUGGGCCUCACCGGCUGCCGGGCUGGGUCACUGCGGGCCCGUCGAUAAAGGCAAGCCGAGGCUGCCGGUCGUGGGUCCAGGUGUGGGUCCAGGUGUGGGUCCAGGUAGAGCCCUGGCUGAGGCCCACGGGACUCAACACACGGCCGAGGGCUGCUGCGCAAACCCCAGGCGGGAGGCGGGUGUGAAGCAGACGAGGCGCCGGGGCGGGAAGGAGGGCAGAGAAGAGCCAGGAACGUGUGCCCCUACACUUGGACGGGGGGCUGUCUGGGACUUUGGCUGCACUGCCGGGAAUUCUAGGGUCCUACAGCAGGGAGGCUGUGAUCACGCUUCCCUGGAGGAAGAGACCAAGAGAACGAGUGUCUCUCAGGGUGGCAACGGUGGGGUUUGAACCUGUGUCCCUUUGCACGAAUCCCCUGGCCCCUGGCAGUCCCCACUCAUUCCUCCUUUCUACCCAAGGGCCUCUCCUCUGGAGGCCUUCCCGGCUGCCCCAGGGUGUCCCCAGCGGCUGAUCCGAAAGCACCCACCACGCUCAGCUGGAAGCGGCUCGUCGCUCGUCGCCCACUGGACGAGGGGCGGGCUUUCCGCUCGCUGGCUCCCCGCCCUGGCAGCAGCCGGGCUCGCCCCCGGUAUCCUGCAGGGUGACCUGCAAGUGGCAAAGCCUUUCCCUGUGUCUCAGGUCCAGGGGAGAAGCUGGGGGUCGGAAGUGACUGCCCUGCGGCCGAGGGGCUGGCCGGUCCAACAGGCAGGCGCCCCGACCGAUGGUGCGGAACAAAAAACACGCUGUCCCCGCGGUGAGGCCUGUCCUAGUGUCGACGGAGCAUCCAGGUCCCAGAUGCGCGGAUGCAUCCACGAACGAAACAGGGACGGUGGUAACAAACUCUGCCCCACGAAGCACCAUACCCAGACCCAAAGGCAUCGCCGCAGUUUCAUGGUUCAGCACGUUCUCCCCCGGCAUCCGUGGUGAAGACUAUUUCAUCGCCCUCCACAGAAGGCGUAUUUGUGUGUGCAUAUGCUUGAGAGAAAUUUACUGCAAAGAUACGGGUACGAGGCCAGCUGGCAGCACUUUCCAAGCCAGGAGCCUCUUUGAGCAAUCUGCCCUAGAGUUCUUGUUUGCAAUGCUCAAAACCCCGCCGGUUUCUCUUUAAGGCUCGUAUGAAGGAGCUUCAUGGGAAAAAAAGCCCUGGGCAAAAAGCAUGCCAAGGGUUGAAGAAAGAAGGAUAAAGAUACAGUGACGUGGGCAGAAUAGUGACCCCUCCACCCCUCCGCCACCAAAGACGUCCACAUCCCAAUACCUAGAAGUGCGAAUGCGUUGGGUUGUACAGCAAAGGGGAAUUAAGGUAACUAGUCAGUUGACCUUAAGUGGGGAGAUUAUGCAGGAGGGCCCGACAUAAUCCCAAUGGUCCUUGAAAGUGGAAGAGGGAGGCCGUAGUGAUGCGUGUGAGAAGGGCUCCCCCGCCCUUGAAGGCUCUCCCUGACGCCUUGAAGAUGGGUCUGGGAGCCAAGUUGUGUGGCUAACCUCUAAAGCUGAAAAAGGCAAAGAGGCGGAUUCUCCCCUCGGGGCCUCUAGAAGACACCUUGGUUUCAGCCCAGUGAGAGCCAUGCGGGACUUGUAACCUAGCCAAGGCCUGAAGCAGGAAGCUGGGGAACAGAAAGGCAGUUCUAGGGGCAGGAAGACACAGGAGCAAUUGAACUGGAUUCUUCACAGAGAGCACCAUGGGCCUCGGGGCAGGAGGGAGGCUACGCACCUGCCUUGGCUGGCCCUACUCAUACUCAGGACUGGCUGCAUAGUGUGUGGAGCUCACGCACAGUGAAAAUGCAGGGUCCCUUGUUCAAAGUUAGGAAGACUUCUGAGACAGUGACAGGGCUCUUCUGAGCCUGGGGCCCCAUGUGACUGCACAGGUCACAGGCCCACGGAGCCAGCUCUGCUUAUAACUAUCUGUCACUUGGUGCUGAUGGAGUACCAGGGUAUUCAAGAGCUUCUCCUUGGGUCCCCGGCUGCUGACAUGCUGUUUGUCUGGUCUCAAGCCACAGCUCCCUUGAAUCUCACCCAGUUCUCCCAUGGCUGUCCUUUGCCCCAGACUUUAAAGGGAGGAUGUGCCCGGCACAUAUUAACAGAAGCCCCUGUCUGUGCUCCUACCUGCCCGGCCGUCCUCUGAACUGGUUCCUUCCGCUGUUGCUAAGGACGUUUCCACAUCCACAGGUGGGGCCCCAACAGAUCUGAGAGACCUCAGAUUGGAGACAGGAAUCAUAAGCAGAAUUUUUAUCUGAAAUUGGAGCAAAAGGAAUAAACUGCAUAGUUCCUAAAAUGCCCAUGUUUCUGGCAUUUAGAGUCCCUGUUGACAUUCCUCCUGGAAAAACCUAUAUUCUUGCAGGACCCACAUAAGAUUUACCCACGUGUGACUCCACGCACCCACCUGCCCGGGGUCCCCGUUCCCGCCUGCCCAGGGUCUGGGGCUCUGUGUUCAGUCUGCUGGAUCCAGCUGAGGUGGGCCCGAGUUCACCCCAUAAUGAUUUUCUAUUGCUAUUUUCCUUGGGCCUGAAUUUCUACUUCUAUUUUUUAUUUUUGUUCUUCCCGGGAGCAGUUUGCUGUGUCCUUGCUGUAAGCCAUUUUUUUGUUGAAAGAGAUAGGGCAAAAACAAACAAGUAGACAAACCAAAUCCUAGCUUUAAAAAAAAAAAAAAAAGGCCACUGAAGACGUAUCAAGGCCUUCCUGCUAUUAUCGAGCGAAUUCUUUCCCAGGCUGGUCUGAGUUGCACCCAGACUUUACAUUAGGCUUUGUUCCAAGGGGCUGGAGGUGCCAGAGGGGAGACUGCAGCCUGAAAGAGGUUCAAGGAAAAAGGCUUCAUUUACAGGCGUGCCCACAUCAUACAGUUGGCAGUGCUGAGCUGAACGGUCUCCCAGCUUCCAGGGGAAAAUGAAAGACAUUCCCCCUACAGCUUCCCUUUCAAGCUCUCACAGCUGGAAGGGCCGGACAGCCAAGUUCCUCCCUUUUCAAUGCGGGUUGUCACUCGGAUGCCAGGAUCUGCUGAUCUAUUCGCCAAAUACCCAACGUGAGAUCACGUCUUCUUGCUUAUCCAUCAUUAAAUGCUCCAUUUAAUGCAGAAGAACCUCACUUUCCCUUUUCCUCUUCUGCCACAGCUAAAAGAGAACGCCUCCACCAAGAGAUAAAAAUUACAAAGGAAGUAAAAGAAAGGAACACGAUUUCUGAGCAGGCCCCUCAUUUGUAAUUCCACACCAGAGGCUAUGCGUUUCAUCGAAUCUGAGAACAGGAAGGGGGCUUGGGGACCCUCUUGUGUAACCCCCUUAUUUUACAGAUGGAGAAGCAGUCGCCUGGAGAGGUAAAGUGGCUCACCCUGGACCACACAACUAGUCAAGGACACGGGCAGUACCAGAUGCACAUCACCCGACUCCAGCCUUUACCCGCUGCACCACGGACAUCUUUAUCAGACCACAGUCACAAACUCCUGUGCGAUUUAAUGCCCUUGAAGAAGAACAAGGUGAGAAAUAGCCCCGCUGCUUCUAGGCUAUUUUAAACCAGCAACCCCAGCAGUCACGCUAAAGAGCCCAGCUUAUUUUUCUUGUCACACGGAAUCAAAGCGUUUCAGGCAGACUUUCCUAACUCACAAAUAAGCUGUGUUCCAACAGUGUGUUUGGAAUUUGCUAUUUAGGACGCAGCAUGUGUUUUCUUCCCGGGAAAUCACAUGAUCCAAUGUGGUUAGAACCCCGGGCCAGGUCACAAAGGCUGACUUAACCAAGAAGUAACCACAGUGGAGUCGAAGCAAGCCUUCACCCUAUACUUUCCAAGCAAAGACACAUUCCAAGUUUCAGAUGGAACUAGUGGGAACACAGCAAGCCCACCAGGGCUCCGGCAGGAAGAGGUCUGGCUCAGAUAAGAGCUAAGAGGCCCCAGGGCUUCCCUGGUGGCACAGUGGUUGAGAAUCCGCCUGCCAAUGUAGGGGACACGGGCUCGAGCCCUGGUCCAGGUAGAUCCCACGUGCCACGGAGCAGCUAAGCCCGUGCGCCACAACUACUGAGCCCGAGUGCCACAACUACUGAGCCAGUGUGCUGCAACUACUGAGCCCACGUUCCGCAACUACUGAAGCCCACGCGCCUAGAGCCCGUGCUCUGCUACAAGAGUUGCCACCGCAAUGAGAAGCCCGUGCACUGCAAGGGAGAGUAGCCCCCGCUCACCGCAACUAGAGAAAGCCCACGCGCAGCAACGGAGACCCAAUGCAGCCAAAAAUAAAUAAAUUACUGAAUUAUUUAAAAAAAAAAAAAAAGGAGCUAAAAGGACCCAGAGAA